AAGGACCCAAUUUCUUCAGGCCUUUGAAACACCAAGGAUGGGAACCCCAGCUCCCCGAGGCGUCCUCCUGAUGCUUCUGGCUGCCCUGGCUCCAACUCUGACCCAAACCCGCUCACACUCGCUAAGCUAUUUUGAAACUACCAUGUCCCGGCCUGGCAUCCAGGAGCCCCGAUACAUCUUCAUUGGCUACGUGGACGACAUGCAAUUUGUGCACUUCGACAGUGAUGCACAGAGUCAGAGACUGGAGCCACGGGCGCUGUGGGUUGAGCAGAUACCUCCAAAGCGUUGGGAGCAAGAGAUACAGAGAGUCAAGCACAAUAAAGUGAAUGCCCGAGAUCUCCUACUGGGCGCAAUCAGCGAAUACAACCAGAGCCAGGAUGUCUCUCACAUUGUACAGUGCUGGACUAGCUGCACCAUUGGGCCGGACCGGCGCUUCGUCCGAGGGUAUGGUCGACACGGCUACGAUGGCGAGGAUUACAUCUCCCUGAACGAGGACCUGAAAUCUUGGAGGGUGCCUGACUCAGCGCCUCAAAUAACCAAGCGAAAGUGGAAGGAGACUAUUUGGGCUGAUUUCAUAGGGGCCUUCAUUCAAGGGGAGUGCGUGGAGAUCCUCCUCAGUUACCUGGAGAUAGGCAAGGAUAUACUGUUGCGCACAGAUCCCCCAAAGGCACAUGUGACCCAUCACCCCAGACCUGAAGGGGAUGUCACCCUAAGGUGCUGGGCUCUGGGCUUCUAUCCUUCGGAGAUCACCCUGAUCUGGCAGAGAGAUGGGGAGGACCUGACUCAGGACAUGGAGCUGGUGGAGACCAGACCUGCAGGGGAUGGAACCUUCCAGAAGUGGGCAGCUGUGGUGGUACCUUCUGGGGAGGAACAGAGAUACACAUGCCAUGUGCAACAUGAAGGACUGCCUGAGCCCCUCAUCCUGAGAUGGGAGCCACCUUCUUGGCCCACAAUUGGAAUGACUGUUGGUGUGGUUCUCCUUGGAGUUGUGGUCACUGGAGCUGUGGCUGCCCUUGUGAUGAUGAGGAAGAAAAGUGCAGCAUCUCACACUGUGUCCCAGGCUGGCUUGGGAAUCGCUAUGUAGCUGUGAUGGUUAAUCUUCAUUGCCAACUUGAGUAGAUUUAGAAUCUCCUUGGAGAUUCAGUUCUGGUCACAUCUGUAAGAGUGUUUCCAGAGAUUAAUUAAAGAUGGAAGACCAACGCUGGGGCCCAAGGAUAAAAUGAAGAACAGGACAAAGCCAGAUGUGAGGAUGCCUCCAUGAUGCUUCCUGAUCUACUGAAGUUGGAGGAAUCCCAGCCACAUGCCCCUGCUGCCAUUUACUCCAUCACACCUUAUGCUGAGAUUGACUGAACCUUCUUAAAUCAUGAAUCAGAAUAAAUCUUUCUUCCUUUAA